GCGUUGCGUCAACAAUUUUUUCUUGUUGAUAGUUGUCAGUGUGGUUGUUUAUGCACAACAAACAACAAGUGUUUUACAGUUACUAAAUCAAAAUUUUAAUUAACCUUCUGGAUUAGCUCGGAUCAUUCUUCCAAAUCCGAUCAUUCCAAGAUAGUACGCUAAAUCGGUGCAUCGCACUUCCACACAGGAAGCGCCUCUUAACCGAUUAGUUCAACAGCUGCUUAAGAUGGUGGGCGUGUCGGCGAGAUUCGACUUAAGUAAGUGACUCAUUCUUCGCCAGCGUAGUGAAAAUGGCCGUUUUGCUCGACAACGUCACCAACUGCGUGUGGCAGGCCUUCGACGCCCUUCAACAAGACAAGUCGGGCUUCGUCCACAAGAGCAAGCUUAAGGUGCUCACCGCCAACAUCGGCACCCUCUUGGACCUGUACGGGGUGGAGCGGGGGUUGGAGCACUUCCGCAGCACCCCCACCCUCAACUUCGACCAAUACAAGUACUACCUCCAAAAAGAGGUGUUCUCGUCGCUGCCCAAUAAACUCCCGCUACCCGAUCUGCGCGACUACGAAGCCAGAAUAGCCGAAGUGUGCUGGCUGGUCUGCCGCAAGAAGUUCAUCAACAGAGAAAGCCAAAUCUUCAGCGACGAGUCCGUGUUCCAAAUCUUCCGCAUCUUCUGUCUUCUCGGGGACCUGGUGCUGGAUGGCCACAACGAAAACAGCUACCAAGUCCUGCUGCACCCCUCCGAGGUCUACAACAUCGCCCAAACCCUCGCCAACUCCUUAGGCUGUCCUUGGGACGAGGAAGAUUUCACCAACUUGAGUAUCUCCAUGGGCAGUUUUCGCCUAACUCCUUUUAUAGCAGUACUCGAAUCUCGUUCCCUCGUCGGUGUCAAGGACAAUUACGCAAUCUCCGAAGCCGUCGCCGAUAUUUACCAAACCCUCGUCGAAGACGUCAUCAAGAAAGGUUACUUGACCAAAAAAGGCUACAUUUUCCCGACGAUGCGUGAGUACUGGUUCGUCUUGAGGCCGUCAGAACUCAGCUACUACAAAACCCGUUCUGAAAAGGACCGCUGCGGGUCGCUACCCAUCGAACCCGGAAGCCGGGUCGAGGCCAAAUCGGGCUACCGGAUUAUGUUGCACACCCCGGAGCGAGCCUUCGAGCUGGGUACCACCGACCACAUGACUCGAGUCCAGUGGAUGUCGGCGCUUCAGCUGGCGUCGGACCAUUCCGGAGGGUGCCAGAGUUACCAGAGACUUCAGGCCGCAAGACGGAAAAUGCAGAGGGCUGGAAGGAUCCAGGAGAUGUUAAGGGCGAGGGCGCAGCUCCAGCAGGAGCGAAGCGCGCGACAAGCGGCUGAAGGGCAAGCGAAGGAGCUGGAGGCUGCAGUGAAGGAGGAGACGCGGAAGCUGAGUGAUUUGGAGCAGAUGAGGACCAAGCUGGAGCGGCUACUAGAGGAGGAAACUCAAGCCAAAAGGGACGAGGAGAUAGUGAGGGCGCUUCAAGCGAGGGUUCUAGCUGAAGAGUGGGAGAAGCGGGAGGAGUUAGAACGGCUGCAAGAGGAGCAGAAGCUACUUUUGGAGGAAGAGCGCGGGAAGCGAAAGGAGUUCGAGGAUUUACAAACGGAAAAAGAAAAGCAGUUGCACGAAGCGGAGCAAAGAUUGGUCCAGCUGGAAAGGGAACGACAGGCUUUAGACCACCAGUUAAAAUUAGCCCACGAUAAAAUUAAACUAUCCGAAGACAGCCGAGAACUCCUCGAGGCCAAACUGUACCAAGUGGCCCCCACGCUUCGCGAAGGAGACCGCAUACGAAGAGCGCAUUCGUUCAUGCCGAGUACUAAAGAAAGACCCGUGCUGUUGGAAGUGAGGGCCGCCACUUUGCGAAGAACCAAGAACUAACAGACUGAUGAAUGCUCAAAGUACUACCAUUCCACUUAAUUUAUACUUUUCUACUUUAUUUGCUUUACUAAUUUUUUAACAUGUAUCAUAGCAUUAAUAAAUUUUUUAUAAAGA